CAGAACACCCAUAGAGAGAAGCUGUGGCUACUGACUCCGUGUUCGCUCAGCAUUUACAGUUUUUUUUCUACCGUCCCCUUAGCUACUCACUAUGACGGAGUUCGAGUGGCCUUGGCAGUACAGCUUCCCGCCUUUCUUUACGCUGCAGGUGAACGCUGACGUGAGGAAGACCCAGCUGGACGCGUGGUGUGCCCUGGUGACCUCAUGGGGCAAGCAGGGAGGCGUGACACAGAUUGAUGUAACUGAGGCCUCCAAUCUGGCUGUCUUCAAAAAUGCGUCCAUCAACCGAGCCCUCCCGCCAGAUGGCAUUCAGGUGGUACUGGACGAGCUGGUCAAGAGAGGCAACCUGGAGUGGACGGACAAGACCAAGCGGAGAGGGUACCUGCUGUGGCGUAGUGCGGGUGAAUGGGGGACACAGAUUUACAAGUGGGCUCAGAGUACCAGCCGUGUCAACACUGUCUGCACACUGUAUGAGCUCACACAUGGGGAUGAGGCGGCUGACCAAGAAUUCCAUGGUCUAGACGGGGACAUCUUACUGAAGGCCUUGCGUACACUGGAGGCAUCUGGGAAGGCGGAGAUCAUGGACUUCGGAGAUAACCAAGGCGUGAAGUUCCUGUGAGGUGUGUCGGUGUGUGUGUUUGGGUGAGAGAGAGAGAGAGAGAGAGAGAGAGAGAGAGAGAGAGAUGAUAACAGAAGGAAAUAAGGUAGAAUAGAGGAAAAAGAAAGAGAGAAUGAGUGAAUAAUGAGAGAAAGAGAAUAAGAAAGAGAAAAUGAAUGAAUGAGAGAGAGAGAGAGAGGUUGUUUUUGUUUUUCUUUAGUUAUUUCACAUUCCCUGUUUGAAAAUAUUAGCAAUCAUUAAAUUAACAUGUUGAUUUACAGAAUAGAAUAAGAAAUUAAU